AACCACAUAAGGUGUCGGUCUAAUACAAUGGAUUAAAAAAAAUGGAUAUUGGCUAAUACAUUUGGUUUCUUGAAGACAGCGGUAGACUGACACUAAAACCUGUGGUGGGACAUGAAUCUGAAGAGGUAACAUAUUGACUGAGAAGUGAGGCAGGCGCUCCUACAACACGGGGAGGGGAAAAAGAAGAAAGGGCGGAGGGUGAGCUGAUAGUGUGUGUGUGUGUGUGAGGAAAGAACAGAAGAAAGAGAGACCUGCUCACACAUGGACACUCUCACCCCCUCACACACACUCUCGCUCUCUUUCUCUCUAUUUCACGGAGCCGGGGAAGAACCGGGAAGGGAAGAAUGAGGAAGAGGUCCGCUGCGCUGCGCGCCUCCUAUCUGCAAAUGCGGGUUUGCUGAUGAAGCGCCGCUCCGGUCAUCCGAUCAUACAGGUCACUCAGGUCGCGCUGCAUGGAAACAAGGAGUAGGCAAGAAUAGCAAAAGAUAAAGGCAACAAAUAAAGGCAAAAAACUGUGUGUGCAUGGGAAUCCGGACUGCUCUUCCCUCCCUUUGUGCGUCUUUGUGGUUGGAUACGCUCUCUUGACUAGCGUAUAAGAGCUCCCUGCGUCUCCAUAACCAUUCCUCACUACGGGCUCUACCUCUGCCACCACUCCUCCUUCUCCUAUAACUCCUUCUACUUGCUUGCAUUGCAAGAAGAGCUAUAUUACUACCAAACUACGAGCCGUCAACACCGGAUUGAAAAGGUUCAACAUCCCAAAUAAACCUGAACUCACAGUCCUGGUUUUACCAUCAACAUGGACUACAGGUAUCACUCUACUGUUUGGUCUCCUGCACUGAGACUAGCAGUUGUUGCUGUGAUUCUCCUCCUUGAGCCCCAGACCACACUGGCUGGUGCCGCUCCUGAGCAAAGCCUGGGCAGCUCUGUUUUGGCUGUGUCUACAAAUAAAACGGAAUGCAGCAAGGCUGAACAGUGUACAAAUGGGGUGGUGCUACCCGUCUGGGAACCCCAAAAUCCAUCAUUUGGAGACAAGGUUGCCAGGGCAACAGUUUACUUUGUGGCUCUGGUCUACAUGUUCCUGGGUGUGUCAAUCAUUGCAGACCGUUUCAUGGCAUCGAUAGAGGUCAUCACAUCGCAAGAAAAAGAGAUCACUAUUAAGAAGCCCAAUGGAGAAACCACCAAAACGACGGUACGGAUCUGGAACGAGACCGUCUCUAAUCUCACCCUAAUGGCUCUGGGCUCAUCUGCUCCUGAAAUCCUACUCUCUGUCAUAGAAAUAGUGGGUCAUGGGUUCAACGCUGGGACACUGGGCCCCUCUACUAUUGUGGGUUCCGCAGCAUUUAACAUGUUUGUCAUCAUCGGGAUCUGUGUGUACGUUGUGCCUGACGGAGAGACAAGGAGGGUCAAGCACCUUCGUGUCUUCUUCGUCACGGCCGCCUGGAGUAUCUUUGCCUACAUUUGGCUCUACCUGAUCCUGUCAGUCAUCUCCCCUGGCGUUGUGCAGGUCUGGGAAGGCCUGCUCACUUUCCUCUUCUUCCCCAUCUGUGUCGUGUUUGCCUGGGUGGCAGACCGCCGGCUGCUCUUCUACAAGUACGUGUACAAGCGCUACCGCACGGGGAAGCAGCGUGGCAUGAUCAUUGAGACGGAGGGAGAUCGUCCACUUCCUUCCAAGGUGGACAUUGAGAUGGAUGGAAAGAUGCUGAACUCUCAUGGUGUUGACUUCCUGGAUGGUACACUGGGUUUGGAUAUAGACGAGAAGGAUUUGGAUGAGGAGGAGACCCGCAGAGACAUGGCUAAGAUCCUGAAGGAACUCAAACAGAAACACCCUGACAAGGAGGUGGAACAACUUAUUGAACUUGCCAACUACCAAGUUCUGAGCCAGCAGCAGAAAAGCCGAGCUUUCUAUCGGUGCCAGGCCACCCGACUUAUGACAGGUGCUGGCAAUAUUCUGAAGAAACAUGCUGCAGAUCAGGCACGAAAGGCUGUCAGCAUGCACGAGGUCCGCUCUGACGCUGGUGAUAAUGAUCCCAUCUCCAAGAUCUUUUUUGAGCCGGGCUCCUACCAGUGUCUUGAGAACUGUGGCACAGUGGCUGUGAAUGUGGUGCGGAGAGGCGGUGAUCUGGGCAAAACUGUUUCUGUGGAGUACCGGACAGAAGAUGGCACUGCUAACGCCGGUUCUGACUAUGAGUUCACGGAGGGCGUUGUGGUGUUCAAGCCAGGCGAGACCAUGAAGGAAAUUCGUGUAGGGAUCAUCGAUGAUGACAUCUUUGAAGAGGAUGAAAACUUCCUUAUUCAUCUUUCCAAUGUGAAGGUGUUGACCUCAGAAGGGGAAGGGCCAGAGGAAAAUGAAUCAGCUAAUCAUGUGGACUCUGUAGCGUGUAUUGGCAUACCAUCGACGGCCACCGUUACCAUAUUUGAUGAUGACCAUGCCGGCAUCUUUACGUUUGAGGAACCUGUUUGCCAUGUCAGUGAGAGCGUGGGUACAAUGGAGGUGAAAGUGCUGAGAACGUCUGGAGCUCGUGGUGUGGUCAUGCUGCCAUACAAGACGGUGGAAGGGACUGCUCGAGGCAGCGGAGAGGACUUUGAAGACACUCAUGGUGUCCUUGAAUUUCAAAACGACGAAAUCUUUAAAACCAUCAAGGUGAAAAUAAUUGAUGACGAGGAGUAUGAGAAGAACAAAACCUUCUACAUUGAGAUCGCGGAACCUCGCCUGGUGGACAGCAAUGAUGCCAAAGGUCAGGAAGAGGAUGAAAAGCCGAAGGCAGAGGGGGAGGAAGAAGAGCCCCUGACAGGAAAAGAUGAGGAGGAGCGACGUAUAGCAGAAAUGGGCCGUCCCAUGCUGGGAGAUCAUGUCAAACUGGAGGUCAUCAUUGAGGAAUCAUACGAAUUUAAGAACACGGUGGACAAGCUGAUAAAGAAGACCAACCUGGCUCUGUUGGUGGGAACCAACAGCUGGAGAGACCAGUUCAUUGAAGCCAUCACUGUAAGCGCAGACAGUACAUCUGGCAUGGCUCUGUGUUUAGUUCUUACACCUUCCUGGAGCAGGACAUCGGGUGAAGAUGAUGACGAUGAGGAGUGCGGUGAGGAAAAACUGCCCUCAUGCUUUGACUACGUCAUGCACUUCCUCACCGUCUUCUGGAAGGUUCUGUUUGCCUUUGUCCCACCCACCGACUACUGGAACGGCUGGGCUUGCUUCAUUGUCUCCAUCUGUAUGAUUGGACUGCUUACUGCUUUCAUUGGGGACCUGGCUUGUCAUUUUGGCUGCACCGUAGGUCUGAAAGACUCUGUCACAGCAGUUGUAUUUGUGGCACUGGGAACUUCUGUGCCAGAUACAUUUGCCAGUAAAGUUGCGGCCAUACAAGAUCAGUAUGCGGAUGCAUCCAUUGGUAAUGUGACGGGCUCCAAUGCUGUCAAUGUGUUCCUAGGCAUCGGGGUGGCGUGGUCCAUUGCUGCCAUCUACCACAACAGCAAGGGCCAUGAGUUCAGGGUUGACCCUGGCACUCUGGCAUUCUCCGUUACACUCUUCACCAUAUUUGCCUUUAUCAGCGUUGCCACACUGAUGUAUCGACGGCGACCAGAGAUCGGUGGGGAGCUUGGCGGGCCCCGGACUGCGAAGGCCCUGACCACCAUGCUGUUCAUCAGCCUGUGGCUUCUCUACAUUCUCUUCUCCUCACUGGAGGCCUAUUGCCACAUCCAAGGCUUUUAAGAGAACGGAAGAUGCCGAAGAGAAGGGUGGGACAGAAGAGCAAGGAUGGAAGAAAGGGAAAAUAAAGGAAUGGAUUGUUCUUUGAAAUUAAGGUUGUCUUAUUGAUCUAUUACUCCCUCCCUUUGUGCAAUAAAUUAAAUGACAAGUGAAUGGAUGUAUGUACAGAUGAAGGACUUUCAGACGCACUCAAGCAUCUUAAAACGCAGGGGAAGGAAGCGCAGAUGCGUGGAAGGACAUCAUACUUGAGAAUCAAAGAUACUACAGUAAUUACUUAACUGAUGGCAUUUUUCCUCACUCCACAAAUCCACACGCAUCAAGCUAUCUUGACCAAAUUUGUGUUUAAACACAUGCAAAUUUACUGAUAUGCAUAGAUGUAAUAAAUUUCUAUCAUUCCAGAUAAAUCAGAGAUACAAAAAUCCAUAUCAGUUAACGGAGUGAGGUGUUUAAAUGGAUCAUCAGUGCUCCAAGUGUGAAGAUGUGGCCAAAACAGCAUUCUCUGCAGACCUCCUCAAGUUGGAGCAAUGAUUCUCUUGUGUCCAGCUCCAAAACUGUCAGUACCUGCACGCAUGUCCAGACAAAGCUUAAUACACCAUAAGAACAGAAGGGAUGCUUGGCCACAUCCGUUGAUUGACAACAAACUGUUUGUCUGCAGAAGUAUGAGGUUAUGUUUAUGUGCUUAGGUACGGUCGGAAGAUGGUAAACUACUGUGAAGAAAAAUGCCUCUUGUUUUUGCUGUUGCUGAGUAAGACAAAAAUGCUAUUGUACUUGAGAUCUUCUUGACUAACAGCUUGUAGAAAUGCUGAAUUAGACUUCUGUUCUAGAAGGGGCCUGUUCUAUGGGGCAAACUUUGAUCAUUGCUGGGGUGGUACGUGUAAAUACUCUGACGCAGACGUAUAUUUCAAAUCGAUUGAUUCAAUUCUGAAUGUCCUAGUUAUGCCACAUGCCCCUCGAAUGGGCCCUCCUUCUGUUGCUUAAUACUGUAGAUGUAAAUGAUAUAAGGUCCUAUCUAAAUCAAAGUUGGUGGUGGGAGUUAAUAUGCUUUUACCUUUAAAAAGGCCAUGUCUGAGAAGGCAAACUGGCCACUCUACCGUUAAAACUGUUAGAGAAACCAUAGUCGUUGCAUUAAUAUCAAAGUUAAUCUUGUGUGUUUGUCUUUUUUCUUUUUUUAUGUGGGAGUCUCUUCUUUGAACUAUUGAGAUUUCCACAACCAUAUUUCAGUCAGAACAUUGUAAUAUAAUUUAAAAAAUAAUGCAGAUGCAAAUAUCUAAAAAAAACUGAUGGACUUUCUGUCUAUUCUGUUGGAAAGUUUGAUUCAUUCAACAACUUUGGACAAUUUCCUGUCUCCUAAGCAACCAGUUGUUCGCUGUUUAGUGAACUAUUUGAAUACUUCUAGUAUCAAGGGCUUCGUUACAACUAAUUCCUGAUUCUGCCUGUGGGUUUAUAAUUCCAAGAGAAGGUAUACAGUAGGCUGGUCAUUAGGGUGCAAUGUAACAGAUGCUUUUAACUUUGAACUUCUUUGAAUCUCACUUGAUAGGACUUUGCAUCAUAGAAUCAAUGAGUCUAGUACUAAGCAUUGCUUGAUUAUUGACCCCAAAAAUUAAAUACCUAGUUGUAGGCCUAUCCAACUUUGACUAAAACUGUGCUCUAAAAAAAGCUCAUCCUAAGUUCCUCCUUAAGCUACGUCCACUCAUAACAUUAUAUAGGUGUAGCUCAGGCCGAAUCAUAUGGGGUUUUAACCAUAAGGAUGUUGUUAACAGAAUUUAAUUUUAAAUCUGUUCCCAAACUGUCCAGUUUUGAAUAAUAUCCUACUCACUUGAUUAUGUAAAAGUAACCAUUCGGACUUCACAUCAGCGGCCAGGCUCUAGUCGAAACAUAAAAACCAUGAGAUUGAAGAAAAAAUAAUGCACAAUAUUGAUUACUAGGUUGUUCCCAUUUGAUGGUGAUGACUUUUGAGUCCUUAUUUAAUAGAAGCGAAUAGUUAAAAGGUUUUUUUAUUUUUUUUAUUUCAUUAUGUUGAUAGCAAGGACUGGCCAAAAGAAGCCAGUUACUCUAAAUGAAAGCCAGGGAUUAAAUACUAUAUUUAAACGGCUGAAAAUAAGACUCUUAAGACCUUUUUAUGUCUUUGGUUCACUGGUAAAAUCCUACAAAAAUCUAAUUUCGCUUCAUAAUGUUGGAUCCAAAAGAUUACCCUAAAAAUUCUUCGAGUUACUAUAAUGUAACAAAAUAAAAAUUCAGCACACUUAUAAGGACGUUUAGGAGAGGAAUUUAAUUGUCUGAUUACACAGAGGGACGGUGGUCCAAGCAAGGCUGGCAAUCAAUGGAAAGAAAAACAAAAUGAUGUUAGCACAUUAGCUUUGCUGUCUGUUCAUUCUGCCUACCAGAUAUCGUAAAAACAGCCAAAACUCAAAUCAAAACCAAUCAAUGGAACAAUGAAAGUCCCCCUGGGAUGUUGGAUGUUGAACAAACUUGACAUCAACAGGACAAAAGGAGCUCCAAACAUUAAUAAGCCUAUUUUGACUGUGAGAGAAGUUUAGACUUUUGACUGUUAUUUUGAUGAUUCAGCUACAACCAUAAAGAUCUCAGCGUACACAUACUUGUACUAUACCACUACUGUAUGCAAUUUAAUUGGCAAGCAUUUCCCAUAUGAUACGUUUUGUUUUUUUAUUGACGUAAUGUACAAUAAACAGUAUUUUAAACUUUAUCUGUAAAAUAAUUAGUCUGGACUAGUUGUAAACCGUUAGCAGUAAUUUUGUCAAAGACCAUUUUCGAUGCCAUUGAGAGUCGAGCAGAGGCCUUCACUGGAUGUAAAUCCAGAAAAUUCUGAAGAACAUUUUAAAUGUUCUAGUUUUUUUUUUUAAUAAUCAAGUAGAGUUGUAGAGGAUUAUAAUAGAGAACACUUGAUCGAAUAAAGAUCCAACAACCUGGCUCAGACAGCUAUUUGCAUUGCUAAUGAAACACAACAGCAGAAAAAAGGAAAUAUGUAAAACUCUGCAUUAGAUAUCAGUUGUCAUAUGAAGCCUUUGGAGUGGCAGUUUACCCCUAUUUUGCCAAAGGGACAUCUUUCUAUCCGAAAUAUUUGUAACCCAUCCCGUAAAAGAUUUUCUAAUCAACAUCUCUUUCCAAAAACACCAAAUAUUCUUCACAUUUCUUUAGGAAGCUACAGGAAAUGGGUGCUGUUUAAACCUAACCUUUCUAGUUAAAUUUGUAUGCAUUGGUCUCUUCACUGGCAUGAAGCUGAAGGUUUAUACACUGUAAUGAAUUUAAAGCAUACUUGUAAGGUGCAGCAAAAAAGAAGUAAAUGUAAUUGCAUUGAUUUUAAAUAACUCAAAGACAUGGAUUUCCUUAGAUGUUGCAGAAUCAUGUUGCAUUUCUACUUUAAAACAAGUGAACAGGAAUGAAGCACUUGCAGCAAUGCAGUUUUUUUUUUUACAUUCAUUCCAUUUGAUGAACGAUUUUACCAGAAGCAAACAUUUUUCUUUAACUAAAAGGCUGUUGCUCUCUUGCAAUACUAGCCUUGUUGCACACAUUUUCUGUAUACCUACCUUGACUGGCGGGCUUCUCUAUCAAGAAGCCAACGGCAGCUGUUCGCGCAGUUUGAACCAAGGUGGGAAACAAAUUUAUGGCUAGCGAAUUUGGUGCUGCCUCCAGCAAGUUUGUUAGCUGUGACUGUAAAUACCAAACAGGCAGUUUUCUUUUUUUAAUUUGUAAACCAUCUUUUCUUAGCAACGAAUUGCUAUAGCUUUCGAGUUAGCUUCUUGGCUUGUUCCUCCAUGUAAUGAGUCUAGAGCACAAAACAAAGGCAAUGAUGGAUUAAACAAAUGAGCUGUAGACUGCAGUCAUUUGCUGUUCAAUAUUAGGAUUUUAAAAUGAGCGAAAAGCCUUGCAUUGCUUCAUGUUGCUAAAUGAAACAUCUACAGAACAGUUUUCUUUAGCAAAGUUGCUUUUGAUGUAAACAGAUUUCUGUUUUAUGACUGAUUUAUGCAGUAAUUACAAUGUUCCUGUAAAAAAAAAUAAUCCAGUGGUGUUAAAUCAGUUGUGAGUCAUUAAUAAUGUUGCUACUAUUGUAAAAGUUGAUAUGUCUCUGUUGCCUAAUUCACUCCUUAACUGACCGACUAUCUAACAGACUGAGAAAUAAAUACAUGCAACACUGGAUAGUCAAACGAGGGAAAGUAAGGAUGGGGGGAUGGACACCCCUCUGGUACAAGAUGAGCAAAAAAAAGUACUGCUGGGAUUAGAAAAGAACUACCAGAGCUAUUCUCUACCUUUUUUAAAGUAACAUUUAACAAAUACAAUUACAGGACACCAACAAAGAGAAGACAGAAGGAAAAAAAAUGUGUGGAGGACAAAGAUGAAAAUAAAAAAACAAUGAAGUUACAGCCAUACAUUGAUAUCUGGGCCAGUGAGACACAAUGAACUCGUCCAGCCCAGCAUGUGUAUUGUUAUGAAGUCUUAUCUGUCCUUGUGUGUUUUCAUUCCCUUUUUCUUUCUAAAUGUCCUGCCAAAGUAACCAAAACAGGCAGUAAUUUUUCUGUUUUUCCUCCCAAAAUCCCACCUUCCUUCCCCCUCCGUCUCCCCCAUGCCACAUUUUCCAUGUUUUGGAAUGUCGAUGUGCUACUUGUUGACACUGUGCAUGAAUGAUGACAUGCCUGUACAUAGUUAUAGAUAAUCGUAUCCCAUUCCUAUGGUGUUGACGGGAAGAAGGUUUGAAUGUUGUACAAAUUCGGAUGUUUUCUGUUGAUCUUAGUUACAGUUUGUGUUGAGCUUUUUUUUUAAAUUGAAAUAAAGCUGCAAAGUCUCUUUGAAUUAUUUGCACAUCAUUAACUGAGAUUUAUGUUAAAAAGGCAAUAUCUGCUGUUAUUGAAUGAGAGAGAAAAUAAUGGGGUUAUAUAUCUUAAAUCUAUACGGGAGUUGCAUGAGUUCUUUGUAAAAAAACAGAAAAUGGGGGGGAACGUGGCUUGCUACUUCUAUUACCUGUAUUCUGACAAAUGAGGAAUACUGUAUGUACAUCUAAAUGUUAUUUUGUCUGAACAGAAAUCAUAUUGUGUAUUUACUGUACAGUGUUAUUAGUGAGAUGGCCUAUGUCGUCAUACACUAACCAUAGAGAAUUAAUUCAACAUAUUUAUUUAAAUGGAGAAACACUCAGUACACUCAAGAAUGACAUAUAUUGCCUUUUUGGGAAAGUUAAGAACUUGUCUCUCUCUCUACAUUGUCCCUCGUUUCCAUCAAUUCAGAUUUUUCUUUCUUAGGUGGUUUGUUUUACAUCUCAGCUCUGCUAUCUUGUUCCCCAUGUGCUUUAUUUUUCUGUUGGGUUUUUAAAGUCGAGUGGUUGCCGUGAGUUUCAGGCCACGUCGUGUUUUCUGUUCAUCUUUUUGGGUAUAGUAUGCCUGGCUGUUUUCCACACUGACUCAACAGUAUCUCCAUGCUAACUCCUACCCACCUGAUUUUCUGUCUUGUAGCUUAUUUUCUAGUGACACACGACAUAUCUGCAUGUGUCCUCAUUGGUCUCAAAAGAAUCAUUUGUAUUUGAGUCGCUAUCUGUCUUAUUCUGAACCAUUUGUUAUAUUUCUUGGUUGCUAAAUCCCUUUGCUUUCACAUUUCUUUUCUAAUCCCGCAAAUGCAUGUUUAACUACUACAACUCUUUCUCUAAUACAUUUAUUCUGUCCCGCUUUUACUUCACGUUUGUUGAUUUGGUGUGUUUUUUUGAAAAUGGAACAAUAACAUAAGUUAGGUUUGCAAUAAUAAUUUGGUUUUGUUUUUUAAUCUUUUAUGCCUCUUUUCUUUGUUGGCAUGUAAGUGUGUUUUUAAUUUUUAUUCAAUACCAAUGGGUAGGCAGAAAGUUGUUCUGUAUGUGUGUCGCCACUAACUGUGACUGCUCUCCAUGGUACUUCUGAUAAAUCCAGUAAAAUAAAGUUUGGGAUACCCAGUUUCAAAGACA